GCUCUCUUCGCCCGAGUAAGGGGGUUGCCCGACGACGAGAAAAGAAUUCGUGGCGGCGGCGGAGCAGCGGCCAUGGGAGACCCGGGGCCGGAGAUGAUAGGAUCCGUCCCGGCGGCCGGGCCCGCGGCGCGCGAGCCAGCGGCGGAGGAGAACGAAGAUGACAUUCAGUUCGUCGGCGAAGGACCACUAAGACCGGUUCUUGAGUACAUUGAUCUGGUCAGCAGUGAUGACGAAGAGCCUACCACCUCUCAUAGCGAUGAGAAUUUUAAACACAAAGACCAUAUUGAUCAUCAGAAGGAUAAAGUUGCUUUAACUUUGGCUCGCCUAGCCCGCCAUGUUGAAGUGGAAAAACAGCAAAAAGAAGAGAAGAAUAGAGCAUUCAGGGAAAAAGUUGAUUUUCAGCAUGCUCAUGGGUUACAAGAAUUGGAAUUUAUUCGAGGACAUUCUGAUACAGAAGCAGCAAGACUGUGUGUGGACCAGUGGCUAAAAAUGCCAGGACUUAAAACAGGUGUGAUUAGUUCUGGAAUGAGAAGCACAUUCCGAAGAGGAGGCCAAAUUCGAAAGUCUGAGAAACCAAUUUCAUGUCCUAUAAUGCAGUGUAACAAGGAAUUUGACAAUGGGCAUCUUCUCUUAGGACAUUUGAAAAGGUUUGACCACUCUCCGUGUGACCCAGCAAUCACAUUACGGGGACCUUUGGCCAGUUCCUUUGCUUGUGUAGUAUGUUACAAAAAAUUUGUCACCCAGCAGCAAUACAGGGAUCAUCUUUUUGACAAGGUAGCUGCAGAUGACGGGCACAGCAGCAGCCUUCUUCCUCAGGUUAUUCAGUGCUUUGCGUGUCCAAAUUGCUUUCUUCUUUUUAGCAGCAAGGAUGAGUGCUUGAAGCAUAUGUCUGGAAAGAAUCACUUCCAUCAGAGCUUUAAACUGGGUGAUGACAAGGGAAUAGCACAUCCAAUAUCAUUUCCAUCUUUUGCAAAGAAACUUCUCAUCUCUCUGUGCAAAGACGUUCCAUUUCAGGUCAGGUGUGUGGCCUGCCACCAGACACUGCGUUCCCACAUGGAGCUCACUGCCCAUUUCAGGGUUCGUUGUCGAAAUGCUGGACCUGUAGCUAUAGCCGAGAAAAGCAUUAUCCAGGUUGCAGAAAAAUUCAUAUCAAGAGGUUACUGUCCAACUUGCAACCAAGUCUUUAUAGAUGAAACAAGCACCAGAACUCAUGAGCAGAAUUCAGGACACAGAAUUCGAGUCAUUAACUCAGUGGAGGAAUCAGUCUUACUUUAUUGCCACAGCAGUGAAGGGAGAAAGCCUCCUUCUGACUUACUGUUAGAUCAACCAAAAUUCUCAUCACUUAAACGAACUAUGUCUCUUAAAGAAUCGAGCUCACAGGAUUGUAGUGCUGUUCCAAAAAAAAAGAUGAAUUUAGAAGAUAAAAGCCAUAAAAGUGUGGUUUGUAUUCAGAAUCAAAAGUCAAGAGUUAAAGCAUGGUAUUGUGAGUGUAAUCAACGAUUCCCAAGUGAAGACGCAGUAGAAAGGCAUGUGUUCUCUGCAAACACAAUGGGUUACAAGUGUGUGGUCUGUGGAAAGGUAUGUGAAGACUCGGGGGUCAUCCGUUUGCACAUGAGCCGGAUUCAUGGAGGGGCACAUUUAAAUAACUUUCUGUUUUGGUGUCGGACAUGCAAAAAGGAGUUGUUAAAGAAAGAUACCAUCAUGGCACAUGUGACUGAAUUUCAUACUGGCCACAGAUAUUUUUAUGAGGUGGAUGAAAUAGAAGAUGACACUUUGCCAUCUUCCUCGAUGGCGAGUGAUUUGACUGCUGACAGGCCCACCUCAACAACUGCUGCUAUUGACCAUUUCCCUGCAAGCAGUCCUCCAAGAGGCAAAUGGCAGUGCCGAAUCUGUGAGGAUAUGUUUGACUCCCAAGAAUGUGUGAAACAGCACUGCAUGUCUUUGGCAAGUCACCAGUUUCACAGAUACAGCUGUGCCCAUUGCAGAAAGAGCUUUCAUAAAAUAGAAACGCUGUGCCGGCAUUGCCAAGAUGAGCAUGACAACGAGAUCCAGAUCAGAUACUUCUGUGGGCUUUGUGAUCUUGUCUUUAAUGUGGAAGAUGCAUUUCUGAGUCACUAUAAGGAGUACCACAGCAUAGAUUAUGUGUUUGUGUCAGAAAAAACGGAAACUUCAAUUAAAACUGAGGAUGAUUUCCCAGUAAUAGAGACCAGUAACCUGUUAGCCUGCGGUUGCCGUGAAAGCUACGUGUGUAAAGUCAACAGAAAGGAAGACUAUGGUAGAUGUCUGCAGGUCAUGCGGAGAGGUAAGCUGUGGUUCCGUUGCACUUUGUGCCCAGCAACAGCACAGCACCUCAGCGACAUGAGUGCACACAUCCAUGAAGCACACGGGGAAGAGGAGAGUGCUGAGGACCAGCAGCACUAUGUGAUCAAGUGUGGCUUCUGCACCAAAGCCUUCCACAACCCUGAGAGUGCUCAGCAGCACUUCCACAGAAAACACAGCACCCGACAGGACCCAGGUGGGGCUCGUGUCGGGCCUGAAAAGGGGAGCGUGUGCAGGGCCACUGCUAGUGUUUCAUGGACAGAGAAGAAACUGAAGCAGGCUGUGAGCUAUCCAAAACGUUCAGACACCGAAGAAGGAGCUGAGAACGACCUGAGCUGUCAGAACAUAGAGGAAGAAGUGGAGCUUCCAGAUUUGGAUUACCUGCGAACCAUGACACAUAUAGUCUUUGUAGAUUUUGAUAACUGGUCCAACUUCUUUGGUCAUCUACCAGGGCAUCUUAACCAAGGAACAUUUAUUUGGGGCUUUCAAGGAGGAAAUACAAAUUGGAAGCCUCCACUCAGCUGUAAGGUCUAUAACUACUUGAACAGGAUUGGAUGCUUCUUCCUUCAUCCUCGCUGUAGUAAGAGAAAAGACGCUGCUGACUUCGCAAUAUGCAUGCACGCUGGCCGUCUGGAUGAACAACUUCCCAAGCAAAUUCCUUUCACCAUCCUCUCAGGAGAUCAAGGUUUUUUGGAGCUAGAGAAUCAAUUUAAGAAGACUCAGAGGCCAGCUCAUAUAUUAAACCCUCACCACUUAGAGGGAGAUAUGAUGUGUGCCUUGUUAAAUAGCAUAUCUGAUACUACCAAAGAAUGUGACAGUGAUGAUAACAUGGGUACAAAAAGUACUUUAACAGAAGACGACUUCAGAUCUACGGAAGAUGUGGAAUUAGAAGAAGCUAUUAGAAGAAGUCUUGAGGAAAUGUGAUUAAGAUAUUACCACACAACAUCAAGUGGCCUAAAGAGACUCAGGAUAACGAAUUAUUGACUGAUUUCUAAAGGAGCCUUGAAACAUGCGAAUGCAAAUGUACCUGAACACGUUUUUUGCUGUCAUAUGUUCAAAUCUCACGUUUGCUUUAUAUUUUUGUGCUGUUGUACAACAUUGUUUGGAAGGGAUGGAAAACAUCCUAAUGCAAGUAUAAAUCAUGUCUCCUGAUAUGUGGGUGUCGCAAUGUCCCAGCUAAUUUAAAAUUCAUAUAUUUAGGUUAAAAGGGUUUUUUUAAAAGGAAACAAAACAAAAACAAAAUUUUUUGAUUGUUGUUUGUGUUUCCCAAAUGGCAUUGCUUCUUUAGCUUUACCUGUACUGUACAAAUGAUGCUAGUUCGGUUUUUUAGGAGUCAAACUGAAUAUAAAGGUGCCAACCUCAGUUUUUCCAUAAAUUUUACAUUUCACAUGGCAGUAAUUAAUAUACAAUACCUUUGAGAUCGUGUUUACAAUUACUUUAUUCUCGACUGGUUCAAAGUGGUUUAUGGAAAAACUAAUCUGUAACAAAAACUUGGCACUGAGUUAGGAAGGCUCCACUGCUUUUGGGCAAAGUGUACAAAGGUACCAAGGGACAGGUCCAAGAACAAGGGGUGUGCACAGUGACAACAGCAGGCAUUUUCUCUUCCUCUGUUGAUGUGCUGUGUCUGAGCUCUGGGUCUACAUCUCCCACCUCUAGGCCAUGCUAACCCUGUGAAUGGGUGGUGGGAGUCAACAUCUUCAGUUUCUCCAUCCAGUCUUUUUACCUCUAAAAUCAAGUUUCUUUCCAUGGGUGAUGACAGGGCUGGGACUUGUGGAUACUACUUUGCAGAGACAUUUUCAUAGGCUGCAGGUGUUUCACAAAUGCUCCGUGUUCAUGAGGACAAAGUGAUUGUGGAGCAGGCUCAAACUUCACCAGUGACUUUCUUUUGGCUAUCAUGUGGGUUUGUAUUCUUGCUUUAAUUAGAGCAGCUGAUUGCUAAAAUAAGUAAGUAGAUCAAAACCUUUUCCAUCUUUUGUUUGCUUCGAUUUUAAUGUCUUGUAUAAUCUGUUGCAUAAGAAUGAUGUUAAAUAUGAAUAGAAUUAAACCUAUUUUUAAUAAUAUUUGUGUGAACAUAAUUUUCUUCCAAAAGCAGUGUUGAAGGUGUACUCAGGAAUGAUGUUCCUUACUUAAAAGUUUUUGUCAUGUGGAGUGUCUUCCUUUUAGUCUUCCAUUUAAUCUGUCCAUUUCCUCCGUUUGGUGUUACAGAUUUAAUUCUAAAGUGCUGAGGCCCCAAAGUUGCAUAGCUAUAAGACUUAACAGGGGUUCUCAUACUAUCUUUGUCUUACCUCUAAAAAUUUUGAGUAGUCAUU